GCAGUUUGAAAUGGAUAACCCACGCCUACUGGAAUUUGAAAAUUUGAUUCGCGAGAUGGAGGCGAGCAUAGCUCAUCUGGCCAUCCCAGACAUUUUUCCGUGGAUAAUGUACCUCCUUCCUGGCUCUCUUACCGGACGCAUCUUCCACCUUGACUUACAGAAGAAGACCAUACAUAAAUUCCUUAAUUAUUUCAAUAAGGAGAUCGAGGAGCACCGAGCCACUCUGGACCGUGAUGACCCCCGGGACCUGAUAGAUGGUUACCUGAUGAUGAUGGAGGAGAAGGCGGAUGACCCGAACAAUACCUUCAGUGAGAAGGAUUUGGCGAUCUUAGUCCUCGAUCUCUUCUUGGCUGGGAGUGAGACUACGACUAACACUCUCACCUGGUUGUUCUACUACCUGGCCACCUACCCGGAGGUACAGCAGAAGAUGCAGGCAGAGAUAGAUGAGGUCCUCCCUAAGGGCACCCUGGCAACCCUCGACAACAAGCUCAGAAUGCCCUACACGGAGGCGGUCAUACACGAGACCCUACGUAAGUCGUCACUAGCAGCUACAGGGGCCCAGCAUGUAGCUACCAGAGACACUCAGCUGGGCGGCUAUUACAUCCCUAAGGGCACUAUUGUUAUGGGAGCACAAGAGACCGUGCAUCACGACCUUCGGUACUGGGACCGUCCUGACAAGUUCCUGCCAGAGAGAUGGCUCGAUCAACAGGGGAAGUUCACCACCAAGAAAGAAGGUUUUCUACCUUUCGGUGUGGGUAAACGCUCUUGUCUGGGAGAGGCUCUGGCGCGCAUGGAGUUGUUCAUCUUUUCCACUACGGUAUUCCAGAGCCUUACCUUCUCUCAACCACCUGGCAAGAGGAUUGAUCUUCGUUAUGAACCAAAAGUUAUCUUCACCCACAACCCCAAGAUUCAAGAUGUCCUGAUCACAGUCCGGCCAGGAUUCUAAAAGAAAUAAUACACACCAAAGUUUUUAACUUUUGUUAGUUAUACCAGUA